AUGAAUAACAUUAAUGUUGCUGCCACGAAAGCUAGUAUUACUACAAAACCCCACCAAUCUCCUAGCCUCCUACGUUCAUGGUGGACAAACAAUAACCUACGAUACGAUGCAGCAAUCAGCAGCGUCCUUAUAAUUCUCAACGUCGAAGCAAUCAUGUAUAUGACAACCCAUGAGAUUCCUUUGCCCGGAAAUUUUCUGGCAUAUUUUGAGCUAGCCUUUGCUGAGAAAUCACUUCAUAGAGUAGCUGAAGAGGAGAGUGAGUUGUGUAUGUUAAUGGAAUCUCUUCAGCUCGAGCUUGAAAACGUGAAGAAAGUACAUUCACAGCUUAAUGAGAAACAGAACAAGCACUUGAUCAUCGCAGAAUCCAAAAUGUGUUAUGUGUAUCAAGUCUUUCCCCUCUGCGAAGGAAGUGCAUAA